UCACAUGCUGGAAAACGUUGGAAAGCACGACGCAAAGACAAUUGGUUUAAUCAGCGGCAUGUGUAUUUGAAUAAAUAAAGAAAACGUGGUUUAAGAAAAGGCAUAAAUAAAUAAUAACAAACAUACAUAUAUGUAUGAAUGUAUUUACUGUGCACGUGCGCAAAGUGUUAAUUAACAAACAUAUUGAGAAUCGAAGUGUUUUUGAAAACAUAAUUUGAGCACUGCUUAGCCGAUAUGAAGAUUGUGAGUGCUCACAUAUUAUGUAUAACUUUAGUGACGUUAAUAAAUUGUUUAUCUGCCGCCAAUGUUGAUUCUGCCAAAAAAGAAGAUAGCAAUGAGACUGAUGACGAUGACGGAAUGAUGAAAUAUGCGCCAGAAUAUCAACAUCCCGAAUAUGCAUUUAGCUACGGCGUAAAAGAUCUACAUACCGGCGACGUUAAAUCGCAAUGGGAAUCACGUGAGGGCGACUCAAUAAAGGGUCACUACAGUAUACUAGAACCAGACGGUUCGAUACGUACCGUUCAUUAUACGGCAGAUGCGAAGAAUGGCUUCAAUGCCAUUGUGAAGACCGUUGGCGCCAACUCUCAUCCCGUCACCGAUUCACCGCACGGAGAAAAUGGCAUCAAUGAUGACACAUCACAAUCGAAAAUCAAUCACUAUAGCAAAGAUCAAGAGCACAUAGUAUUAAGUUCGGAUAUUAAGCAACUGAAGAAGCCAAUUGAAGAUCUCACACAUGCACACCCCAAAAUACCCAGUUUGAUUGAAUUCAAGCCACAUGCACGCAUCAAGCAAGUGCCCAUGGAAAUUGAGCCGGGCAUGCGUGAGAGAUUGCAAAGUGCCCGUGAUGAGUAUUAUCAAAAGCAAAAUCCCAUACAAAUAGUUAAUCCCACUAAGGAAUCUUACGGCAAUCAGGAGAGUGAGUGGAAGGCGCUUGUACUGAAUCAGAAUCAGAACUCGGAGUAUAAACCAUUACAUAAUAUUAAUAUUAUCAAUCAUAAUAAGAAUAAUUAUCAUAAUGCUGAAAAUUUCAUAGCGACAAAGCAGUCCAUCGCCAAUAUCGCGCAAAACGCACAUAAUGUUGCCGGUGGUGGAGGAGGUGGUGGUGGUGGUGUUGGUGGUGGUGUGGCUGGUGUUGUCGCAGGCAAUGGUGGUUUACACACCGAUUUCAUUGCCUCUGUGCCAUUGCACCAACGUCAGCAUGCCUCCUACAUCGAUCCGAGCAUAAAUAAUAUAGCGCCUGGCAAGAAAUUCAACUUCAAUCCUCCGAAUCACAAACAUUACCCGGUGCCUACACAAUACAAAUAUCAAGCGAAUUUCAAAGCACCACCGCCACAAGCUCGCCCUGAAUACGGUAAUUACUUUCAACGUAAAACCAAGAAAUUCAAUCAUAAGGACUCUCCUGGACCAGUGGUCUUCCCUAACCACGUUGGUGACGCACAAAAUGCCGCUUCCGCGCAAAUGAUUCAGUCAAUGGUGCGUCUGGAUCGUAAGCACAUAACACCCAUGUAUGCUAACCGUCAUCAACGUUAUCGUACAAUUUAAGUAUUCUUAAAGAACUUCUUAUCAGUAAUGCAAUAUUUCAAGAGUGGAUGCGCGUGCUUAAACUGAAUUUUUGGUUAUGUGAGGAGGUUAAAUGUACAAUUUGUUUAUUUAUUUUAUAUUAUUCUA